AUGAGCAGAUCAUAUGUACGGCAGGAAUCCAGAGCAUACGGACCUAUUCAACAACUCCGGAAAACACAACCCCCGAAGCAGAACAGCGGGGUGGAAGGUUUGUCGGUGUCCCAACUUCAUACUCGCACCAGCGGAUUACCAGGUGCCAAGGGUAUCAUUAUCAGCAAACUGGAUAAGAUGUCUUAA